UCAGGAGAAGGUUUGUCGUCCCAUCAAUGCUGCCUCAGAUUCUGCCCCUGUUAUCCGGACUACUGCCUCAUGUUAAACGUCACUGCAAAGUCAUAAGAGUUGUGCAGGGGCUUCUUUCUGGGAAGCCAUUCUUGUUUUCAUUAUCAGUAACCACCCGUGCUGGACCCCGUCGAGGAAAGGGUAGAGGUAGCACGCGGCGGAGAGCACGCGAUCGGGGGGGUCGGCGGAGUCGCCGUUCUUUGCCGCAGCGGCGGAGGAGGGUUGGCGCCACCACUCCCCCCGCCGCAGGGAAAGAGGGAGAGUGGGGAGGUGGUGUUGGUAGCGGCGGAGGGGAUAGGGUUUGGGAACGGAAGCAGGGAGGGAGAGAGGAUGAAGAGGGACGAAGGAUUGGAGGAGAUCGACGAAGCCAUUGUUGCCCGGAGGGAGGUCCCACAAAGCUCUUAUGGCUUUGCAGUGGUAUUGUGGCAGCACUCCCGGAUUGAGGGACAACAUGAGGGAUUAGGAG